UUUUUAUCUUCUUCCUCCAGCCUUUGGCCGCCAUGACCGAAUAAAUCAAAACUUGCAAUUUCAAGCUACAAUCCUGUCGCUCUAUACCUUUAUUUUCCGAUUUUUGACGUCAGCCUGGACUUUAGCCUGACCCGGAGGGUCGAGAUUAGAAGAGGACCGGUGGAGAGUAGCAUCGGUCCCUCAGUCUUUCUCCGGCGAGGAGGGUCGGCCGACAGACCCUUCCCCCCACCGGUCGUCUUUCACGGGGACACAGAGGACUUUAUCCGGUGUUAUUACGGGUCUGCGCGUGAGUACGGGAGCACCUCUUCGCAGCCCCAGGGGCCACGAGCUUCCUCUUUUUCAGUACCGCCUGCUUCCAUGCCUUAUGUCGACCCAUCGUUUGGGCAGACCGCUUGCACGACUCCGCUAGCCACGCAGCAGGACCCUCUAGUCACACGGGUCGAUUAUCAGGGGAAUACCGAGGAGUUCAUUCGGCGGUAUACCGGGUAUACGCAUCACCACGGCAGCACAUCUUCGCAGCCACAGGGCCCACCGACUUCCUCUUUCUCAGUGCCGCCUUCUUCUGUGCCUUAUGUUGACCCAUGUUUUGGGGAGACCGUUUACAUGACUCCGCUGGCCACGCCGGACCCUCUGGCCACACCGGUCGAUUAUCAGGGGAAUACCGAGGACUUCAUUCGGCGGUAUACUGGGUAUACACAGCACUAUGGCAGCACCUCUUCACAGCCCGAGGCGCCACUAUCUUCGUCUUAUUCAGUACCGCAGGACUUCUCCAAUUACCGUGGUUCCGCUUUUACCCCCUUUCAGCCACCACCCCCGACACAGACACCUCCAGCCCAACAGUACGGAAGACUAUUUGAAGACAACUUGUCCUAUCCGCAAACGCCUGGAGUAGGUAGUUUUAGCCAGCUUCUUCAGGGGUACAUUCCACAGCCGCCUUCCUCCUCUCCCCGCCCGACUCAGUGCCCAUCGCAAAUGCAUUUUUCGCUAACUGAUGAGUGGGUGAGCAAUUUGCAGGCUCCCACACCUCCACUUGGUGAUGUUGCUAACAUGACGCCUCCUUCAUUUUCCCUGGGGUUAGAGAACCCCUCCUCACAGAUUCCUGAUGACGAGGAUGACGAUGUGGUCAGUCCAAGUGGUAGCGACCACAGCUCCGGCCCAGAUCUCAGACCUUAUCGGCCAUUGACUCAUAGCCAGAUGAGUCGGCGUCAGAACAAGGGUCGAAACUUGAGGACACUCUUACGGACCCCAGAUAGAACAAACAUUUAGUUGUAUUUUACAGCUUUUUUUAUUGUUGUACACAUAUUUUUGAUUAUUUGAUUUAUUUUAAUUGCUUUGUA